CUAGCUUGUGUCGAACAUCCGUCUUUCGCAUCCUGGAGUUUCCAUAUCCCUGACAGCGUCUCUGACGUCGAGCAGAGCGUUGCACGCCCACCUCUCGCUCUUUGUCUUUACCAGAACCCACCUUCCGCUACUUUGUGGAAAUGACUACCCUCACCAAGGAUGAGCAAGACACGCUCCAUCUGCUUGUGCAGCAAGUCUCUCGCUCGUUUUACGAGCCGAAAUACACCGUUGUAAUGGACCAGCUGGCCCGCCAUCCGGUUCUGAAGGACGACGACUUAGCGGGACGCAUGGGGCUGCAGCUGAAGGAGUUGAACAAGAUAAUGGCAGUUUUGGAAAAUCAUCGGCUGGUCAGGGUCUAUCGCCAGAACGAGCUCAAGGAGGGCGCGCAGCGCUCUGUCGGGCGACAGUAUUACUAUAUCGACUACCAGCAUUUCUGCAAUGUUGUCAAGUGGCGCAUGGCCGAGAUGCGACGGAUUAUCGACUCUUCUCUGCGCAAUGAACUUGAUAACAAGGGCUGGAUAUGUCCUCAAUGCAAAAAACAGUUUUUGCCACUUGAUGCAGAUAAGCUGUUUGACAUGUCAACCGGGGCGUUUGUCUGCGACGUCUGUCGGGCUGAAGUGAUCGACAACGAGGAUGCAGAAAGUAUUCGCGGAAAUCAGGACCGCAUGCAGCGAUUCAACCGACAAAUGCGCUUCAUACUCGAGGGUUUGCGGCGGACGGAAGACAUGGUACUUCCCGCCUUUGACGUGGCAAUGUGGAUUAAGACUCACAUCAUCGACGUCGAGAAGGCCAAAGCGGCCGCACAAAAUGGUGGCCUGAAGAUAGCAGGCUCAUCUGGUGACAUGAAGCAAGAAGACGCGUUCGGUGUCGUGCUGUCCGUCGACAAAGACGAAGCGACGCAGAGGGCAGAACGAGAUCGUGAAGCGGCGGCGAAGCGCCAGCAGAACCUCCUGCCGGCGUGGCAUCUGAAGAGUACGAUCUCGGGGGACCUGACGGCCCUUGGGAUCAGGGAGAACAUGCGUACGGAGGAAGGCGCGAGGGCAGGCGCAGACGCGAACCGCCUACCCAGUUCAAACGAUGCGAUACUCAGGGGCCUGGGGGCGCCUGGGCCACCACCGACGUCGUUGCAGAUAAACGGAGAGGACGUGAAGCCGAUCGUGAUGGAGCAGGAGGCAGAUUAUUACGACAAGUACUAUGCCUCGCUGGCUGUUCCAUUCGCAGGCCAGACCCCGGGCAUGCCGAAGGGAGGCAGCGACUUUGAUGACGAGGAGGAGGACGUGAAACCCUCGAUCGAGUAUCUAGACUCGCUGAAUGAGUAUCGCAAGCGAUCACGGUCGCAAGAAGACGUCGACGGUGGUAAGGCAAUGCCGAAGACGCCACGAAUAGACGUGGAUGCAGCUACCGCGGCGACGAACCGGGUCGACGCUGGUAUUGGGGUGAACGGAUUCGCACAGCCAGCUACGGAAGACGCGAGUGAGGGGCCUCCACUUGUGGACGAGCCUACAGUUCUUGUAAACGGCGCGUCGGUUGCGCUGUCGCAGAUUACGGACGAGCACGAGGCGCUUAUGACGCCGGAGGAGUACACAGCGUACUACGAGGUACUCACUGCACAGGCGAUGUGAUAUGCAUUGGCAGUGUUAGUGCAGGGUAAGACGUGGACGGUUCUUACUUGUGAGUAGGAGAAUGCAUUACGAGGCACGGAGAGCACUCAUACUAUAGAAAAAUAUUGUACCAUCUAGUGUAGAGUGUAUUAAUGUCAAUGCAGCUGUGUUUUUGGCUUUCC